GCGCAUGGAACAUCUGCAGGCAGACAUGCAGCUCAGACCAAAGAUGUACCUGGGUAGCCAAGAUGUCGCUAGUCAGAUGGACCAAGCCAAUGAGCUAUCCAAAGCAGAGCUCAACAACUUGGAGUCCAAGGCUGAGGCCUAUGAACGUGCGCAUCUGGACAGCCGCGAGCCCUUGCUCAUUCUGAAUUUUGAAAUGAGAUGUCUCGAUGUUGAAUUGGACGCCUUGAUGUUGAAUUUUGUAUGGACAGAUCUUUUGGACGAUUCUGAAUGGUUUUUGGAGGGUGUUUCUUUGCAGUUGAAUGUUACUGCAAAGUGCUAG